UCCCCAGAAGCUGCAGGAGACUGGGGAAGGCUGUUGCAGCAGUCCUUAAAGGGUCUCAUACUGCUCAGAACAAAGGUUCUUGCAUGAGGAACUCAAGCGGGGACCAAGCAGGGGAGGAUCGGAUACCCUGACGGUCUGGCGUUCCGAGUGGCGGAAGCAGGUCGACGUUGCCGGCACCAUGAGCAGCACGCUCUCCCCCACCGACUUCGACAGCCUGGAGAUCCAGCAGCAGUACAACGACAUCAACAACCGCUGGGAAGUGGCCGACGAAGACUGGGACAACGAGAACAGCUCGGCCCGGCUCUUCGAACGCUCCCGCAUCAAGGCGCUGGCAGAGCGUGACUUUAGAGGCCCUUCUCCCCCGCCGGAGCUCUCUCCCGCAGCCUUCAUCAACGCGAUCCAGUAUGCCAACGUCCUGGAGGGCAGGUUCAAGCAGCUUCAAGAUGAGCGAGAGGCUGUGCAGAAGAAAACGUUCACCAAAUGGGUCAAUUCUCACCUGGCCCGCGUCACCUGCCGCAUCAGCGACCUGUACAGCGAUCUGCGUGACGGACGGAUGCUCCUGCGCCUCCUGGAGGUCCUCUCAGGGGAGCAGCUGCCGAAGCCCACCAAGGGCCGGAUGCGCAUCCACUGCCUGGAAAAUGUGGACAAGGCCCUGCAGUUCUUAAAGGAACAGCGCGUCCACCUGGAGAAUAUGGGGUCUCACGACAUCGUCGAUGGGAAUCAUCGCCUGACGUUGGGUCUUAUCUGGACCAUCAUCCUCCGCUUCCAGAUCCAGGAUAUCAGUGUCGAGACAGAGGACAAUAAAGAGAAAAAAUCUGCAAAGGAUGCAUUAUUACUGUGGUGCCAGAUGAAAACAGCUGGGUACCCGAAUGUAAACAUCCACAACUUUACCACCAGCUGGCGGGACGGCCUGGCUUUCAAUGCAAUUGUACACAAACACAGGCCAGACCUGAUAGACAUCGAUAACCUGAAGAAAUGCAACGCCCACUACAACCUUCAGAAUGCCUUCAACAUUGCCGAAAAGGAACUGGGCCUCACCAAGCUCCUGGACCCGGAAGAUGUGAACGUGGACCAGCCGGAUGAGAAGUCCAUCAUCACUUACGUGGCGACGUAUUACCACUACUUCUCCAAGAUGAAGGCGUUAGCCGUGGAAGGGAAGCGCAUCGGGAAGGUGCUGGACUACGCCAUCGAGGCGGACAAGCUCAUCGAGAAGUACGAGACGCUGGCCUCCGACCUCCUGCAGUGGAUCGAGCAAACCAUCCUGACGCUGAACGACCGGAAGCUGGCCAACUGCCUGAGCGGGGUGCAGAAUCAGCUGCAGGCCUUCAACACCUACCGCACCGUGGAAAAGCCCCCCAAGUUCACAGAGAAGGGCAACCUUGAAGUUCUGCUUUUCACCAUCCAAAGCAAAAUGAGGGCUAACAACCAGAAGGUUUACACACCCCGGGAAGGGCGACUCAUCUCCGACAUUAACAAGGGCUGGGAGAGGCUGGAGAAAGCCGAGCACGAGCGGGAGCUGGCGCUGCGCAACGAGCUGAUCCGGCAGGAGAAGCUGGAGCAGCUGGCCGCCCGCUUCGACCGCAAAGCGGCCAUGCGUGAGACCUGGCUGAGCGAGAACCAGCGCCUCGUCUCCCAGGACAACUUCGGGUCGGACAUGUCGGCGGUGGAGGCCGCCGUGCGGAAGCACGAGGCCAUCGAGACAGACAUCGUGGCCUACAGCGAGCGGGUGGCCGCCGUCACCGCCGUGGCGGCCGAGCUGGAGGCCGAGGGCUACCACGACCUCAAGCGGGUGCUGGCGCGGAAGAACAACGUGGCCCGGCUUUGGGAUUACCUGUGGGAGCUGGUGGCGGCCCGCCGCGAGCACCUGAGGCUGCACCUGGAGCUGCAGAAGAUGCUGCAGGACCUUGCCUACCUCAUGGACUGGCUGGAGGAGAUGAAGGGCCGCCUCCAGUCUCAGGACUUCGGGAAGCAUUUGCACAGCGUGGAGGACCUUCUGCAGAUCCACGCGCUGGUGGAGGCCGACAUCGCGAUCCAGGCCAAGCGGGUGAAAGCCAUCAGCACGGCCGCCCAGCGCUUUGCAGUGCCUGGAGAGGGGUACAAGCCCUGCGAUCCCCAGCUGGUCCAGGAACGGGUGGAAACUCUCGACCGGUGCUACCGGGAGCUGGUGGCGCUGGCGGCAGAGCGGCGUGCCAAGCUGGAGGAGUCGCGCCGCCUCUGGAAGUUCUUCUGGGACAUGGGCGAGGAGGAGGCCUGGAUCCGGGAGCAGAGCCAGAUCAUCUCCUCGGACGACUUCGGCAAGGACCUGACCAGCGUCCUGCGCCUGACCAGCAAGCACAACGCCUUCUGCGACGAGAUGAGCGGCCGCGCCGGCCCGCUGCAGCAAAGCAUCGCCGAAGGCCGGCAGCUGGUCGCCGAGGGCCACUUCGGUGCCGCCGAGGUAGCCGAGCGCAUCCGGGAGAUCGAGGACCAGUGGGAGCACCUGCAGGCCCUCUCGAGCGAGCGGGAGCAGGGCCUCCUGCAGGCCUCCAACCUCUACCAGUUCCAAGCGGACACGAACGACAUGGAGGCCUGGCUGCUGGACGUGCUCCGCCUGGUGUCGAGCUCCGAGGUGGGCCACGACGAAUACUCCACCCAGAGCCUGGUGAGGAAGCACAAGGACGUGGAGGAGGAGGUGCACAGCCACCGGCCUGUGCUGGAUGCCCUGCACGAGCAGGCCCGCAGCCUGCCGGCCGCCUUCGCCCGCUGCCCCGAGGUGGACGGGCGCCUGCCUGCGCUGGAGCAGCGCUACGAGGAGCUGGUGACGCUGGCCGAGCACCGCAAGAGAGCCCUGCAGGACGCCCUCAACCUCUACAAGAUGUUCAGCGAGGCGGAUGCGUGCGGGCUCUGGAUUGGCGAGCGGGAGUACUGGAUCGAGACGAUGGACGUCCCGGAGAAGCUGGAGGACCUCGAAGUCGUCCAGCAGAGGUUUGAGACCCUGGAGCCGGAGAUGAACAACUUGGCCUCUCGCAUCGCGGCCGUGAACGAGAUUGCGAGUCGGCUCCUGGGCACGGACCACAGGAACAAGGAGAGCAUCCGGGCGACGCAGGAGCAGCUCAACACCAGGUGGCAGCAGUUCCAGGCCCUGGCCAGCCGCAAGAGGGAGGCCCUGACGUCGGUGCUCAGCAUCCAGAACUACUACCUGGAGUGCAACGAGACCAAGGCCUGGAUGCGGGAGAAGACCAAGGUGAUCGAGUCCACCCAGGGCCUGGGCAACGACCUGGCCGGCGUGAUGGCUCUGCAGCGGAAGCUGGCGGGCAUGGAGCGGGACCUGGAGGCCAUCCAGGGCAAGGUGCAGGACCUGCGGGAGGAGGCGGCCCGGCUGGCAGCCCAGCACCCGGAGCAGGCCCCGGCCAUCCUGGCCUGCCUGUCCGAGGUCGACGGCACCUGGGGCGAGCUGCGGGGGACCAUGCGGCGCCGCGAGGAGUCGCUGGGCGAGGCCAGCAAGCUGCAGGGCUUCCUGCGCGACCUGGACGACUUCCAGGCCUGGCUGCUGCGCACCCAGACAGCCGUGGCCUCGGAGGACGUCCCCGCCACCCUGCCGGAGGCCGAGCACCUGCUGAGCCAGCACGAGACCAUCCGCAACGAGGUGGAGCACUACCGGGGCGACUACCGGCGGCUGCAGGCCAUGGGCGAGGAGGUGACGCAGGGCCACACCGACGCACAGCACAUGUUCCUGCAGCAGCGCCUCCAGGCGCUCGACACCGGCUGGAGCGAGCUCAGCCAGAUGUGGGAGAACCGGCACCAGCUGCUCUCGCGGGCCUACAGCUUCCAGGUCUUCCUGAGGGACACCAAGCAAGUGGAGGGGGUGCUCAGCAACCAGGAGUACGUGCUGACCCAUACAAGCAUGCCCGGAUCCCUCCAAGCAGCCGAGGCGGCCAUCAAAAAGCACGAGGACUUCAUGGCCACCAUGGAAGCCAACGGAGAGCGGAUCAAGGGGCUCGUGGACUCUGGGAGGAAGCUGAUCCUGGAGGACGGCCUCCACGCAGACAAGAUCCAGGAGAAAGUCAAUUCCAUCGACAGCCGGCACAGGAAAAACCAGGAAGCAGCCCAGGAUCUCCUGGCCCGGCUUCGCGACAAUCGGGAGCUACAACACUUUUUGCAGGACUGCCAAGAGCUCACACUGUGGAUCAACGAGAAGAUGCUCUCGGCUCAGGACAUGUCCUACGACGAAGCCCGGAACCUGCACACGAAAUGGCAGAAGCACCAGGCCUUCAUGGCGGAGCUGGCCUCCAACAAGGGCUGGCUGGAGAAGAUUCGGAAGGAGGGGGAGCAGCUGGUGGCCGAGAAGCCAGAGCUGGAGUCCGUGGUGCAGGCCAAGCUGGGCAGCCUGCAGGAGCUGUGGCAGGAGCUGGAGUCCCGGACCCAGAGCAAGGCGCAGUGCCUCUUCGACGCCCACCGGGCCGAGCUGUUCACGCAGAGCUGCUCCGCGCUGGAGGCCUGGCUGAGCGGCCUGCAGGUCCAGCUGCACUCGGACGACUAUGGCAAGGACCUCACCAGCGUCAACAUCUUGCUCAAGAAGCAGCAGAUGCUCGAAAACCAGAUGGAUCUGCGGGAGAAAGAGGUGGAAGGUCUCAAGGCCCAGGCGCUGGCUCUGAGCCAGGAGGACUCCAACACCGUGGAGGUGGACGGCAAGCUGCGGACGGUGGAGGAGAGGUUCGUGGAGCUGCGGGCGCCGCUGCGGGAGCGCUGCGAGAAGCUGCUGGCCUCCAAGGAGGAGCACCAGUUCCACCGGGACCUGGAGGAUGAAAUCUUGUGGGUGAAGGAACGGAUGCCCAUGGCUGUUUGCACCGACCACGGCAAGGAUCUUCCCACUGCCCAGCUGCUGAUCAAGAAGAAUCAGACGCUGCAGAAGGAGAUCCAGGGCCACCAGCCCCGCAUCAACGACAUCCUGGACCGGUGGCGCGGGCUGGGGUGCGGCGGCCUGGAGGCGGAACUGCAGGGCCGCGUGGAGGCCCUGCAGGAGAUGUGGAAGGAGCUGCAGAACCAGGUCGAGAAGCGGCACGGGCGGCUGGAGCAAGCGCAGGCGGCGCAGCAGUUCUACUUCGAUGCUGCCGAGGCGGAGGCGUGGAUGGGCGAGCAGGAGCUGCACAUGAUCUCGGAGGAGAAAGCCAAGGACGAACUGCUUGCACAAGCGAUGGUGAAGAGGCAUCUGGGGAUGGAGCAGGCGCUGGAGGACUACGCCCAAGCCAUCCACCAGCUCUCCAUCCAGAGCCGCGACAUGGUCAACAACGGGCACCCAGAGAGCGAGCGGAUCGCCCUCCGGCAGGGCCAGGUCGACAAACUCUACGCCAGCUUGAAGGACUUGGCCGGGGAGCGCCGGGCACGGCUGCAGGAGCAUCUCCGGCUCUGCCAGCUGAAGCGGGAGGUGGACGACCUGGAGCAGUGGAUCUCUGAGCGGGAGGUGGUGGCCGCCUCUCACGAGCUCGGCCAGGAUUACGAGCACGUCACGAUGCUGCGCGACAAGUUCCGGGAGUUCUCGCGCGACACCAGCACCAUCGGCCAGGAGCGCGUGGACGGCGUCAACCGGCUGGCGGACGAGAUGAUCUCCACCAGCCACUCCGAGAACGCCACCAUCGCCGAGUGGAAGGACAGCCUGAACGAGGCCUGGGCGGACCUGCUGGAGCUGAUCGACACCCGCAGCCAGAUGCUGGCCGCCUCCUAUGAGCUGCACCGCUUCUACCACGACGCCCGCGAGACCCUCAGCCAGGUCCAGAACAAGCAGAAGCAGCUGCCCGACGAGGUGGGCCGGGACCUCAACACGGCCGAGGCCAUGCAGCGCAUGCACAGCGCCUAUGAGCACGACAUCCAGGCGCUCAGCACCCAGGUGAAGCAGGUGCAGGACGACGCGGCGCGGCUGCAGAAGGCCUACGCCGGCGAGAAGGCGGACGACAUCCGGCGGCACGAGCAGUCCGUGAGCGAGGCCUGGGCCGACCUGCUCAGCAGCAGCAGCGGCCGCCGGCACCUGCUGCUGGACACGGUGGACAAGUUCCGCUUCUUGCGCAUGGUGCGCGACCUGCUGCUCUGGAUGGACGACGUGAACCUGCAGAUCGACGCCCAGGAGAAGCCCAGGGACGUCUCAGCUGCCGACCUGGUCAUCAAGAACCACCAGGGCAUCAAGGCGGAGGUGGAGGCCCGCAGCGACAGCUUCAACGCCUCCAUCGCCAUGGGCAACGACUUGCUGGCCAAGGGACACUACGCCUCGGACAAGAUCGCAGAGAAGUUGAGACAACUGCAAGAGCGGCGCAAGGAAAUCAACGACAAAUGGCAAGAGAAAAUGGACUGGUUACAGAUAGUGACGGAGGUGCUCAUGUUCGGGCGCGACGCGAGCAUGGCCGAGGCCUGGCUCUCCAGCCAGGAGCCGAUUCUGCGCUCGGCAGAGCUGGGCAGCAACGUGGACGAGGUGGAGAACCUCAUCAAGCGCCACGAGGGCUUCCAGAAGUCGGCUGCCGCCUGGGAGGAACGCUUCCUGGCCCUGGAGAAGCUCACCACGCUGGAAGAGAAUGAACGUCGCCUGCGAGAGCAGGAAGAAGCAAGGAAACGGAGACCUCGGACGCCACCCCCGCAAGAAGUCGAUGCCGCAUCGCCACAAAACCAGCAUCUGGAAGCACCCCAUUCUCCUGCCGUGGAUCAUGACAGCCGGAGUCCUGAAGAAAGAAACCUGUCCCCGGAGUUGCCCUCUCUGAACGGAAUCAACACUGAUACUGAGAUUUCAGAGGUGUCGGCCACAGUAAACGGGUCACGGCUGGACCCCGAGUCCAAGGGGAAGGAGCCCAGCCCAGCCCCGUCCCCCAAGCUCCGCUCCAAGCCUUCUGCCUCUGGGGCCGAUCCCACCCAGGCCACCACGCUGCCCCUGCGCACACCGGAUCUCUCCGCGUCGGAGCAGAUGGAAGGGAUGCUGUGUCGGAAGCAGGAAAUGGAGUCACAGGGCAAAAAGGCGGCGAACAGGUCCUGGCAGAAUAUCUACUGCAUCGUGCGGAAGGGCAGCCUGGGCUUCUACAAGGACAGCAAGAGCGCCGGCAACGGCAUCCCCUACCACGGCGAGGUGCCCGUGAGCUUGCAGGGCGCCCAGUGCAACGUGGCCAUGGACUACAAGAAGCGCAAACACGUCUUCAAGCUCGGGUUAACAGAUGGCAAAGAAUAUUUAUUCCAGGCCAGAGAUGAGGCCGAGAUGAGCAGCUGGAUACGAGUCAUCAACGCCGCCACCGCUGCCUGCACCCCGACGCCACAAGGCCUCGCCGAGGACCAAGGCCCGGUCAUCGGCAAAGGCAUGCCGCGGGCGCUGAGCAUGCCCCCCGUGUCCCCCCACAGCGCCACCGAAGGGACCGUCAUUCUGCGGAGCAAAGAGACCAAGGAGAAAGACCGGGAGAAACGCUUUAGCUUUUUCAAGAAGAACAAAUAGGGACGCUCGCGGGGCAAGAUGGAGGCAGCCGCUGCGGCAUCUGUACAGAACUGGUCGGCGGGGGGGCGGUGCAGCGGCGGGGGGGCUUCAGGCUGGGGCGGGGGGCUGUUGCGGGGGCAUGACGCGACUGGCAGAGGCCGUGGCGGGGGUUCUGUUUUUAGUCCUGCAGAUUGCAUGAAGCACCUCCAAGCUCUACAAGGAAUAUCCCCACUUCCCCGCAAACCCCCCAAAAAGCAAAGAGAAAAAAGCCACGCUGCCUCUGACCACAUGUAUUUGCUGCAGGAGGCCGCGGUCCGGAUCGGGGCGGGGGGCCGCCUUGAGGUGGGACACGGGGGGCCGGGCCCCGGGGGUCGCGCCAGGGUGCGUCUGGGGCGGCGUCUGGCGGUCCCAUCACUCGGCACGGGAGGCCGGCCUCCGCGGACUGCAAACAGCACAGCCGCCGGGCCGCUUUUCCAUUGACGAGCGUCGUCAGACGGCCACGGGGUGUGCAGCGGGGCCGCGGGUGCACCUGUGUCGAGGGUUUUCUCCUGUCGUCUCAGCCCUAGCCAGAAACAUCUUCCACCACGUGACCCCGGCCUAUUAUUUUCCUUGCCCGUCACCAACACGCUCCAGGGCAAGCUGACCUCCUCCCCAGCAUCCCCCUCUCAAGCCUUCCCCAGGCAGCGGAGGAGCAAGACCCCCCGCUCGCUGGGCAAGGGUCAGCUGACAUUUUGACCUGCUCGGCCAACACCUGAUCAGGUAGAUGUUUGAAUUACGGGUUGGUAAGCGAAACCCACAAUUC